AUGGCGGAUAUUACUUUAAAUUAUCAUGUCAGCAGUGAUUAUUCAAUUAAUAUUCCCCCAAAUACGACAGUCGCCAACCUUAAAAAUAUGAUUAGAAAUAAUGUUCCUUUUACCGAUUUUGAUCUCUACGUAAAUGAUACUGCUCGAGAAGUAAGAAAAUAUAUGGAUCCGCAAAAUAUGGUUUCACAAUAUUUUGAUAUUAAUAGACUGGGAAAUCACAUCCAUAUCCUU